AAUCCGAAAUAUAAAAGCUCUUAUUCUUUUAUUUGUUGUCUUCGUUACAGAGAGAGAGAGAGAGAGAGAGAGAGAGAGAGAGAUGGCCCAGCGGAUCGAAGAAGACGAUCUGAGUUUAUGGAGUUUCGAUUCUGACGCACUUUUUUCUCCGAUUACCCAAGGUGUUAUUUGAAGAUCGAUCGUUCCUGUUCAUAGAGCGAUUCAAGGAUUUGGGUUCUGAGGAAUGGGAGCAGCGGUACACUGUGAAAGCAUUGUAAGAGGGCAUUACUCAAUGAGGAUGGACCUCAGUGAAGAUUCAAACAGCUGCAGCUGGUCAGUUCGCUGCGGAGAUAAAGAUCCACGCUUUCGCCACGAGAGGGAUUUCGUGAAACGAACAAUGCUUGAACACGAGGCCACAUUCAAGAAUCAGGUGUCUGAGCUUCACCGUCUGUACAGAGUGCAAAGGACUUUGAUGGAGGACCUUAGACAAAAAGAGUUGAACGGUAAUGUGAACCGAGCUGAAGCUACUUCCGAAAAUGAAAUUGCUCAACAGCUGAUGCCUCGCUUUCUCUGGGGAAACCUGGAUUCUGUGGGGCCAUCAAUUUUAGGAGGCAACUCUCAAUCUUGUGAUAAGGAUCAAGAGGUGGUAGAGGUUAGACCAGUAAAAAUCAGGAGAAAAAUUAUCGAUCUUCAACUCCCGGCCGAAGCGUAUAUGGAUACAGAUGAAAUCAGCGACCUCCAUGGCAAUCUGCCAUUUCCUCACCAUGAAAGAUCAAACUCGAGGAACAUUCUCGAAAGAGGCAAUGCUUCUCAUCAGGAAAAUUCUUCUGGAACUUGUUUGGGUUUGAAGAAAUUAAAUGGCUUUGCUGACUUGAAUGAGCCACCAGUUUGUUUCCAUGAAGCAGAACCUGUUGCUUCUUCAAAGGAUAUAUAUUCUCCUCAUGGGAAAAACAAUGCGCAUUUACAAGGUCUUCGCUUGCAGAAAGAUUCAAGUCAACAUCAACGGUUGGUUAGAGAAGGAGGGCAUGAUACAAGCAAUCCUUUCCAUUUGGUGCAAACUUUUUCCAACAGCGGAUUUCAACCUCGGGUUUAUCCUUCAUCUGACCAUGGCAUGGCAAAAUUCUCAGCAGAGAGGACAGUUUUUGAGCUGGAAACUCGUUUAAGGAAUCCAGAAGUUUCAUAUUAUAGCCAUGUGGAAUCCAGUGUGGCAUCAAGGGUUCCAAGCUCACAUGGCCAUGGCCUGGAAUUUCUGCAAUCGUCGACCCAUUGGCUUUCAUCAAGGGCCAACCCCAGUAGCAGCUCGGAUCAGAGUUUCUCGCCUGUUCAAGAGAAUCCAUUCCUGAAUCGUAACAAUCAAGGAAGAGCCAAUACAAGUUCUGAGAUUUGGCGUCGUGACUUAAACUGCCUUUACCAAGGAUCCUCUUCUCGGCCCAAGGAGGUUCUCUUGGGUUUCCCGCCAGUCAACUGUAACCAUAUUAAGAAUGGCUCAAAUGGGGAAAUAUCAAAUGAUCCUUUUGGUGCGGUGGUGAAGUACCGGGGUCUUGAAAGCCUUCAAGGGCCGAAAAUGCAUGAGUGUUCAACUGGGUUGUCCUGUGUAAAGCCUAAGCUCCAUUACAGAAGUGAAAUAACCGAUGGCUGCUGCUUGGAUUUGAAUGCUUCUAUACCUCAAGUCACGGAUGAAAGAGCUGAAAUGACCGAUUUCCAGAGUAGUAGAAAGAUUCUAGGAUCCUCAGAGAAGCAUUCUAUCGUCAAGGAGGAGCCUUCUUGCUUUACCUCUCCUUCCAUCUGUAUCACUGGUCAACUCAUGGAAGUGAAUAAGAUGGUGAAAAGCGACCAUGGUACUGAAUUCGCCAUUGUUGAUGAGGAAGAAAGCAAAAGAGCUACCAGAUUCAGACAUCACAUUGAUCUGAAUCUAUGCGCUAGUGAGGAUGAAGAUUCUGGCAUGGUUUCUGGUCUAAGAGUGAAAAGAACAACUCCAUGGAUAGAUUUGGAAGCUCCUUUAUCACUCGACAGCGAGGAAGAAGCGGAGAAAUCACCAGAGAAGACAAAAGAAGACCCUUGGGGAUUACGGAAACCUGAAGGUAGAAACUUUAUCGAUGAACUCCUCAAGGAUGCAGCCGAGGCAAUAGUUUCCAUCUCGUUGUCCCAUCACCGAUAUCAUCAUCCAGAUGAAGCUGCAUCCUCUUCGACCGGCGGUCUCGUGAAAGACACGACUCUCGUUUGGUUUGCGGAAACAAUCGCCUCUUGUGGUGACGAACUGGAAAAACAUAUCGAAGCGUUUUCAGGAGGCGGCCGUGAAGAAUGUUCUUAUGGAGAAUUCGAUUACUUUGAGGUCAUGACCUUGAAAUUAGCCGAGACAAAGGAAGAAGACUACAUGCCUAAGCCCUUAGUACCUGAGAAUCUGAAACUUGACGGGACUUGUUCUAAAACUGCCGUACCAAAUCGCCCAAGAAGGGGACAACCACGACGAGGAAGACCAAAACGAGAUUUCCAAAGGGAUAUCCUUCCCGGGCUUACUUCUCUAGCAAGGCAUGAAGUGACGGAAGAUCUUCAGAUCUUUGGUGGCCUUAUGGAAGCCAGAGGUAGUAGUUCCUGGAAUCCGGGAGAAGUGGCAAGAAGGAACAUAACCGACGGUGGAUCUAGCCGAGGAAGAAGAAGAAGAAGACUGGUCACUGACAUUAACAGAGCUCCAAGUUGGGGGAUAGCGACCAAAAGGCCGAGGAGACAAACGCUGCCCUGCAGGUAAUAAACCAAACCGUGAAUCUUGAUCAUAACAUGAGUUUCAACUUCAAGGAUAGGUCGGAAUUUACAGAUCAAAGGAAACCACUAUAGAGGAAAACUACCAUGAAACUGCUGAUUAAGUACUGAUGAAGGAAUGAUGUAUUACUAUGAAACCCACUUUAGGGUUUUAGAGUAUUCUUGCCCAUAAUGCACAUCCCUUUGUCUUCUGUAAGAUGAAUCCAACUAAUGAGAUUGCUCUUGUAUUAGGCAUAUUGCACAGUUCCUGAAUUCAUAUGUUUGCAUUUAAGAUUCUGGUCAUAGCCCUUGAACGAACGAAUCUAUAACAUGUUUUUUCUAA